AUGCUAUAUCACUUUAUCACCGUUGAUUUACCCCUCAUCUUCGACCGCGUCAGACUUCCUUCGCCGAAGAUGAUACCGGACAAGAAAGCCUCUGAACAUUGCUCCAGCGAGAUUUUGAGACAUGACAAUGAAUGGUAUGAUAUCUUGGAGGGAGGGAACUGCACUUCAGAACACGCCGACUCAUCGAAGCCUAAGGGCUCAUCUCGUACGAAUACCCCGACACAGUACGAUCACGCAUUGUCUCCAGCUGCAAAGCCCGAGAGCAGACCCAGUCGAAGAGUUCAGUUUGAGCCCAUUGAAAGGAGCCAGUCGUCAGAGCCAAAGCAAUCUAGUUGGAAUGAUGAGGCCGAAGCUAUCGAUGUCAAGAAAGCGCAAGGAACGCCGUCGGCAAAGUGGUGA